AUUUUUUUUUUUUUUUUUUUUUUUUUAUAUCAGUGUCUCUUUAGAUAAGUUUUACCUAUUCAAUGAAUAAAAAGUUUGAAAAGCUUGAUUAGGCUUUUCACUGGAUAUACCUUUUUACUCUUACUCAAGUAAUUAUUAAAAUUAUUACUAUAAUUAUUAUUUAAUUAUUAUAAGUAAUUAUUUCUGUAAGUGCCAUGUAUUUUACUUGAGUACAGUUUUUUGUUUCUUGACCCACCUCAUAUCUUCAGACACUGGCGAUCAGCACAAUAAGCAGACGUGUUUAUCACUGGAACUUCAGCAUGUGAAACAUUUCAGAAUCAUUUUGACAGAGAUUUGUUCAUGAUAGACCCUGGAGAAUCUCUUUGACAAAGGAGUAAUAAAGCGUCUUUAAGUGUUUUUAUGAUCAAUAUUUGUGUUUUUCAUUCUUUUGUGUUUGAUUCGAUUUUUUUUUUUUUUUUUUUUUUUUUUUAGGAUUAUACUUGAGAAUGUUUCAAUGCAAGCUAAGUUUGAAUGCAUUUUGUUAAAAUUUAACAUGAAGAAAUCCAGAUGUUGUUUUUGACCUGUUUAAACACACCCAAAUUCGAUCAGAAACUCCACCCUCUUUCAACACUUACCAGGAUAAGACUGAGUUAUUUCUCCUUUCUGUCAUACUGACUCCCUUCUCUUGUGAUAAAAGCAAAAAAGAAUCAGCGAUCAAUGAAGAAUGAUGAGGAAAUUUUGAAGAAGUAUUUUUGAGAAAUUUGUUUCUUAACAGACAGCAGAACUUUGUGAUUCUCUUGCUUAUUAUUUCGGAAACCAUUGUUCAGAAAGUUAAAGUCAAGUUUAGAUUGCUGGAGCUCAAACAGUGAAAAUGGCUUCACUAUCUGAAGAUGAUUUUUCUUGUCCCGUGUGUUGUGACAUUUUCAGGGAUCCUGUUGUUUUAUCAUGUAGUCACAGUUUCUGUAAAGAGUGUCUUCAACAGUUCUGGAGAACCAAGGAAACUCAGGAGUGUCCUCUCUGCAGGAGAAGAUCCUCAAAACCUGAUCCUCCAUGUAAUUUUGCAUUAAAAAACUUGUGUGAGUCGUUCCUGAAGGAGAGAAAUGAGAGGCGUUCAUCAGGAUCUGAGGAGAUCUGCAGUUUACACAGUGAGAAACUCAAACUCUUCUGUCUGGAGGACAAACAGCCUGUGUGUUUAGUGUGCAGAGAUUCACAGAAACACAUCAAUCACACAUUCAGACCCAUCAGUGAAGUUGUUCCAUCAUAUAAGGAUGAGCUCAAUACAGCACUGAAGUCCUUACAAGAGAAACUGAAACACAAAGAAAACAGUAAACGAAACUUUGAGAAAACAGUUCAACACAUCAAGUCUCAAACUGAGCACACAGAGCGUCAGAUUAAACAGCAGUUUGAGAAGCUUCAUCAGUUUCUCAGAGAUGAAGAAGAAGCUACAAUCACUGCACUGAGGGAGGAAGAGGAGCAGAAGAACCAGAUGAUGAAGGAGAAGCUGGAGGAGAUGAACAGACACAUCUCAGCUCUUUCACACACAAUCAAAGACAUGGAGGAGAUGAUGAAAGACAAUGACGUCUGCUUUCUGAAGAAGUUUCCAGUUUCAAUGGAAAGAGUCCAGAUCUUACAGUCGGAUCCACAGUUGCCUUCUGAAGCUUUAAUUAAUGUGCCACGUUACUUGGGCAACCUGCAGUUCAGAGUCUGGAAGAAGAUGCAGGACAUCGUCCAAUACACUCCUGUGAUUCUGGAUCCAAACACGGCUCAUCCAUCUCUCGUCCUGUCUGAUGAUCUGACCAUCAUGGCAUGUGGCUUGAUCAAUCAACUGCUUCCUAAUAAUCCAGAGAGAUUUGACAAGUAUCUCUGUGUUCUGGGUUCAGAGGGUUUUAACUCAGGAACACACUGCUGGGAUGUGGAGGUUGAUGAACGUUCAUCCUGGAGUCUUGGAGUAACUACAGCAUCAAAACGACGGAAAGGACGCGUUUUCUUUAACGCUGAUGUCUGGAGUGUGAUGUAUGGACCAUUUCAACUGCCUGGUUUUCGUGUUAAACAGAAGCUUGAGUGUGUGAGAGUUGAUCUAGACUAUGACAGAGGAACGGUGUCAUUCUCUGAUCCUGUAACUAACACACAUCUACACACAUUCACAACCACCUUCACUAUCCCAGUCUUUCCAUUCUUUUAUAGUCAAUUCCCUCUGAGAAUCUCACCGCUCAGUAGUCAGAAAUUGUUACACCUGUAGGUUUGGAUCAAGCUGCUUUCAUCUUUUACAGUCAUCAUGUUUCCAGUAUUUAAUCCACUUCACGAGUAAUUUUUCACAUGACUGAACAGCAAAGAGCUUGUUUAUAUUUUAGACAAGUUGUGAUACCAAACAGGACCACAUGAAGAUGCUAGAAAAACCCCUAAGUCACCACCCUGAUCUGACUGCAUAUACCUACUACAGUACACCGAUCCAUUCAGAAUUACUAAACGCAGCAACAUACACAUGACAAAUCAAAACAUUAUCCUGAAUGUGUGUGGAAAUGAUGCAAAUGUACUGAAAUCUGUCUGUGCACAAGUACAAUGUGCAAUCAGUGAUCGAGGGUGCACAUGCACGGUUUGUUUGCUCAUCAAUACAGCGUACUGUACGACUGUUACCUAGGGCUGCACGAUUAAUUGUAUUUUAAUCGCGAUAACGAUAACUGAUUACAAAUAAUCUUCACGAUAUUGGCCCGCUCGUUAUUUAUCCUGACAACGUGUUUUUUCUUUGGGAUAUGCUUGUGGUUGCCAGAUGCAAAGAGCUUAAAUCCCCCAAAUAGAGCUUUUCCCUUAAAAAGAUCUUCCCGGUGUUUUACUUAAUCUGUGUAAUCUGGCAACUCUGUGCACGCGCUCCCUCUAUGCGGAAGAAGCGCUGAUGAUCUGAAAACAAACAUGUGCGCUGGAGUUUAGCGAUCUCCACAGCGAAAUUCUGCUUCAGUGAAAGUGUCAUACAGCCAGUCUUUUCUUCUUAACAAGCUACUUGUACUAUUUGUGUGACUAAAUCUCCCAUGAUCAAACCUUCAGCGAUGAAUUUCAACAAAUGCAACACGGAUCUCACUUUAUUGUACGCUUAACGUGGCUUAAUAUACUAAGUCAGUGACAUUAAAAUACCAGACUUAUUAAACACUAUACUAAUAAAGCAUACUAUACAGAAAAAUUGGUUUGUGCAGAAUUUGAUCUUUUAAUAUCACUUAGUAGGCUACAUUAAGUGAUAUAUAUAUAAUGGCCAAAAUGGCCAUAACUACAUUACCCUUUUUGAUAGAAUAACCGUGAUUAAUAAUCGUGAUUAUAAUUUUGAGCAAAAUAAUCGUGAUUAUCAGUUUAACCAUUAUCGUGCAGCCGUAACGUCACCACAAUCAUCUUUACGUUUAUUGCAAUCGCCACCAAAUAUGUUACAUGUUAGCUGGGAAGGAUUUGCUUGCAUGUAUAAUGUUCAUUCUAUUCAUCAGGAUCAGUAUCCAUAUGCUUAAUUAACAGUUUAUGUUAUUGUGUAUUUAACAUGAUAACUCUAAUUUCUGUAACUUUAACAAUACUUUUCACUUUGUUUUCUAUAUUUUUGAUGACUGUGGUGGCUCAUACCAACUUAUAACUUUAUUGUAUUAACAAAAACUAGUUUGGGACUGCUAAUUAAUAGCCUUUCCUUUAUUCAUCAGUGUUAUGAUAUUCUUACAAUUUAUGUGUAUGAUGAAUGUACUUAUGGCUGUGUCAGAAAGUGUAUUUUGGAGAAUUAAAAAUUGCUUGGUUCAAAAUCCU